AUGCAGUUUGCAAGCAGCAGAGUCCUAGAGAAGCACACCGGCGACUUGUACCGCAUCACCCAGAAAGCCAAUGAAGCUGUGAGGCAGUACCUGGAUCGAUUCAACAAGGAAAUGAUCUCUGUCAAGAACCUGGAUGUUCCCACAGCUAUCGAAGCAUUCAGGAGAGGACUAACCUAUAAAUCUAGAUUGUAUUAUGAAUUGACCAGGUACCCAUGUGGCACAUUCGAAGAGGUCAGGGCCAGAGCUAUGGCUGAGAUACGUGUCGAGGAGGACGAGGCUCCAGGAGGCGUAGUAAACGCACUAGAAAAGCUGGGAACCACAGUUAGGUGGCCUCGCAAAAGCGACAGACCAGACAGCGAGAAGGACACCACCAAGUGGUGUAGCUACCAUGGCGACCAUGGCCAUCGAACAGAAGAAUGCAAUGCUCUCAAAAAGGAGGUGGCAUGGCUGCUCAAGAAGGGCUAUCUCGAGCACUUGAUGGGGAAGAAGGGGCAGCAAGAAGAUAAAGCUGGCCCCAGCCAGCAACAGCCUCAUCCGCCACCUGAGCCCCUGCACGAUAAGGUAAUCAAUUCUAUCUCUGGAGGUUCAGAAAUAUGUGGACUAACAUACUCUGCAGCCAAGAGAUUUGCUCGAGAAGGUUCCAAAACUGCACCUAGCCCGCUGAGGAGUGCUGAAGAGAAAAAGCUCAGAAGCAUGACCAUCAGCUUCGACGAAGAAGAUGGAGAUGAGGAAGCUGAUAAUCAUGACGGCCUCGUCGUAUCUCUCACCGUCAGCAAUUGCCUCAUGAAGCGAGUCUUGAUAGACAAUGGCAGCUCAGCUAAUAUCAUUUUCAAAAGUGCUCUAGAAAGCAUGGGGCUGCAGGAAGCUGAUAUCCUCAGGAAAGCAACCGUUCUGUUCGGGUUCAAUGGCGAGCCAGCUACAACGCUCGGAGAUCGUAUUGCCCACUUAUGCAAAAGGAGUCAACCUCCAAACCAGCCAUGA